UCCCUGUACCCCACCGCAUCCCAAACCCAGCAUCUCCCCAUCUGUGGGGUGAGACGGGGGCUUUGCCACCCCCGGCCAUGGGGACACUCCUACCCUGUCCCCUCCUCCCCCCUGACCCCUGCGAGGUGGGAUCCUCCUGAUCCUCCUUCCCACUCCCGAGCUGCUGCCUCCCGGGGCAGGCCCGGCCCCUCUUCGCAUGGGCUCUCCCCACCUUUAAAGGCUGCCCCUUGGUGCAGGGAGCAGGAGGGCGCUGGCAGCUCCAUGGAGCCCACCCUUGACCGUGGGCAGCCCUGCCCUGCCCGCAGCCGCUUCUCCCGUUAGCUCUGCCGCAGGGAGAUGCGAACCAGGGACUAAGCCGGGGCCGGGCCGCUGAUGGGGUUGGGACGAAGGGGACAGGACGGAUCUGGAUGCCCCCGAGGUGUAGGACGCCCCGGGGCUGGAGGAGGAGAGGACCCGGCUUCAGCUCCUGCCCCAUGCUCCAUCCCCGCUGCUGCUCCGCUGGUGCCCGGCUCUCACCCGGCUCUGUCCUCGGCCGCCGGAGGAAGGAGGGGACCGGCUGCGUCCUGGGGAUGCGCCGGCGGGGAGGGAGGCUCUGAGGCUUGCGGACAGCGUUUCAUGCCGUGCCCGGGGGGCUUGGAGCAGCACCAUGCAGCCCAUCAGCCUGCAGAACCUCUCCAUAUGUUUCCAGCUCCUCAUGUUCUCCUGUCAGACGCAGUACGUGAGGGACCAGGGUGCUGUGAGCGACCAGCUGAGCCGCCGCCAGGUCAGGGAGUACCAGCUCUACAGCCGGACCAGCGGCAAGCACGUCCAGGUCACCGGCAAGCGCAUCACCGCCACCGCCGAGGACGGCAACAAGUUUGCCAAGCUCAUUGUGGAGACAGACACCUUCGGGAGCCGCGUCCGCAUCAAGGGGGCCGAGAGCGAGAAGUACAUCUGCAUGAGCAAGCGGGGCAAGCUCAUUGGGAAACCUAACGGCAAGAGCAAGGACUGCAUCUUCACGGAGAUCGUGCUGGAGAACAACUACACGGCCUUCCAGAACGUGCGCCACGAGGGCUGGUUCAUGGCGUUCACGCGCCGGGGCCGGCCGCGCCAGGCGUCCCGCAGCCGGCAGAACCAGCGCGAGGCUCACUUCAUCAAGCGUCUCUACCGGGGGCAGUUGCCCUUCCCCAAUGCUGAGCGCCAGAAGCAGUUCGAGUUCGUGGGCUCGUCCUCCCCCACGCGCCGCUCGCGCCGGACCCGCACCCCCCGCGCCCGCACGUGAAGC